AGCAAAGCAACACCAAAGCACCACCUUCUUCUUCCUCCACUCGACUCGAUCGAUCCCACUCGCUCUUCCCAAAGCCACACCCGCCAUUGCUACCAACCUCGAUCUGCGCCCUGCAUUGUGGGUGUGCCACUGUAGAUCGGCGCCACGGAGUCCACCGCCGACAGGAGGUUGCAGCCGGCCGGCGUUGGCGGCGGCGGAGGCAUGGAGCCCGGGUUCGGGAAGCGGAUGAUGCACGUGCUGCGCGCCGUGUACCACAUGCUGCGGCGCGGGCUCUGCCGGAAGCGCCUCAUGAUGGAUCUCCACCUGCUGCUCGGCCGCGGCAAGCUCGCCGGCAGGGCGCUGCGCGACGUGCUCCUCGCGCACCAGCCGCACGGCCACGGCCUCGGCGCCGUCGCCGUGGCGGGGCGCCACCAGUACGGCCCCGCCGCCGCGGCGGCGGGGGCGGCGGCGGCCGACGUGGAUGACUCGUCGGCGCUCUCCUUCUACCACCAUAACCCCAGGGACGUCGAGUUCAGCUGCACCACCACGCCGUCCUACGCGCCGGGGGUCUUCCCCUUCAGGCCGUUCCGCGGCCGAGGCGGCUCCCGCCACGCCGGCGCCGCAAACAACUACGGCGGGCUCGACGCCUCCGCCGUGGCCCGCGUCUUCGAGAUGCUCAACACCGAGGCCGCUACCGCCGCCGGCGCCGGCGGGGAGACGCCGUCGUCCUCGUCGUCGCUGCCCGGGGCCACGCCUUCCCCGCUGCUGGCGCUCAGCCUCGGCCGCAGCCCCGCCGGAGCGCGGCAGCUGCGCGUCACCGACUCGCCGUUCCCCGUCGUGCCACCCGAGGGCGUCGACGGCCGCGUCGACGACAAGGCCACCGACUUCAUCGAGUGGUUCCGCCACCAGCUCCUCCAGCAGCAGUCGGCCGCCACGCCGGACCACCGUGGCUAGCCGGCCGGCCGCCUCGCCCUCGCCGGCGAAUACUGAAGCACGAGAAGCUUUAUAUAUAAUGGGACCACGUGGCGUCUAUUUGUUUCACUGACAUGUGGGCUUCGACUUUUUCUACCUGCAUGGCUGCGUGUAAUUUUUUCCUCGGUUAAUUUCCUCCUCGCUUGUGGUAAAUCUCUCUAUUAUAUAUAUAGAGUUCAAGAGGAGACGAGAUUAAAGAAAAAAAGGCUUUUGCAGUUGCAUAAUUGCAUUGCCCACAACAACUUGUAUCUGCCAUAUAUAUCAUCCAUAUGAGACGAAAUGAUAUUUUUUGCACUUUAAA